AAAACCUUCGACCUUGUUGCAAAGAGGAACCUCUAUAAGGCCCGAAACCUUGUAGAUUGCGGAAAAUAAUCAUUAUACACUGAAAAUUUCCUCGUGCAGCUUAGUUUUGCAUGAAGCUGCCCGCCUUCGGCAUUUGGGCUGAAGCGGGUCGCCACAGGCACUACCCAACAUAGGCUGUUCACAAGGCUCUCUAAUGGGCGCCAUUCAAUCAAAUCGAAAACCUUCCUACGAUGCGAGCGGCGAUGUCGAUUUCGACCAUUUCCAGAUCCUGCGAGCAAUUGGACGAGGUGCUUUUGGAAAGGUCUGCAUCGUUCAGAAGAAGGACACAAAGGCGAUGUAUGCAAUGAAAUACAUGAACAAAAAUGCUUGCAUUAAAAAGGAUGCUGUUCGAAAUGUGCUUCGCGAGUUGGAAAUUCUGAAGUUCCUCGAGCAUCCAUUCCUUGUGAAUCUAUGGUUCGCUUUUCAAGAUGAAGAAGACAUGUUUAUGGUGGUAGACCUUCUACUAGGAGGAGACAUUCGCUACCACUUGCAACAAGUAACGAAAUUUGAUGAACCAAGAGUCAAGUUAUAUCUCUGCGAACUUGGUCUUGCCCUCGGCUACUUGAGAAGCAAGAAGGUUAUUCACAGGGAUUUAAAACCUGACAAUCUGCUUCUUGACGAAAAAGGACAUGUACAUUUGACGGAUUUUAAUAUAGCGACAAUUCUAGAAGAUGGAAAGUUGGCAACGUCCAUGUCAGGAACCAAACCAUACAUGGCUCCUGAAAUAUUUAACACAGCUAGUGAGGAGACUCAAGGAUAUUCCUUUGGUGUUGACUGGUGGAGUUUAGGAGUUUGUAUCUAUGAAAUAUUAAGAGCAAAGCGACCAUAUGAAAUUCAUGCCAACACAAGUCUGUCGGAAGUAAGACAAAUUUUUGCUUCUGAAUCUGUUCACUACCCUACAACUUGGUCAAGAGAAAUGAUACAUGUACUUCACAGACUUCUUCAACAUGAUCCCAAGAAAAGAUUAGACAGCUUAGAGGCCUUGAAACAGGAAAGCCUUAUGGCAGAUGUUGAUUGGGAAGCUGUCGAGGCUGUUAAUGUCCAACCUAGCUUUGUGCCUCCUAAAGACCACUUGAACUGCGAUCCUACUUAUGAGCUAGAGGAAAUGAUCAUUGAAGCUAAACCACUUCACAAGAAGAAGAAGAGAUUGAAAAAGUUGUCAGGCAAGAUGGAGAGUGAAGAGGAAAUGGAUCCUAUUCAAAUGUCUUUAGAAGAAAUCAAAAGAGAAUUCAAGCUGUAUAACAGAGAGAGGUUACUUAUAACUCGAAGACUAACCAAAACAAAUGUGACCUCUGCCCAAGAAAACAGUGAAGAAAAAAAUGCUGAAAUGUCAGUAACAGAUGCAAAACUAUCAUGAUAUUGGUGUGUACCAGUAUUACACUAGUAAAGCUCAUUUAAUAUGUGAAUCCACCAUGAGUGUAGAACAAGCGGAAAAAAAAGUAGAAUUUUUUUACUGUUAAUCUGUAAUAUUUUAUGGUCAUUAUGUUUUGACCUUUUGCCCUCUAAGAAUAAUUUUACAUCAAAUGUGUGUAAAUCACUUUAAAUGCCACCAACUUUUCACGUGGUCUCUUGUCAGAUCUCAGCUUGUCAUCUGCAAAUUAUUACAACAACUAUCUUGAAUCCUCUUUGGAAAAUUUUGAAAAUUAACUCUCAUAAUGAGGUUUGAAUUUCUGUAAUCCGAAUUUUUUCAGUGUCGUUAUGUAGAUAUGUUGUAGCAAAAAUGUGCUCAAAGAAAUGCAGUGAGUAAGAGUAGUUUACUUUGUCAAUAGAUAGAGGUGGUCUUAAAGCAAUCCAGCUCAUGAACAUUACAGUAAAAGAGUAGAUGCUGUUGCCAAAUUGGUUAAUGCUUGACUCUAGAUCAAAAGGUCCAGAAUUGAGUCUUGCUACGGGUUGAGUAUUUUGUGUUCUUUGGGAGGACACUUAGCUUCGACAGUACCUUUCUUUACCCAGAGGUGUUAAUGGUUACCAAUGGUCUGUCAGAGAAUCCAGACAAAAUGCUAGUAGUAACCUGCAAUGGACCCAGCAUUCCAUCCAGGGAGGGAAACAACUCUCCUUUUUGUUUUAUGCUGCAAAAAACAGUAUAAGCUUCGGCAGCUAGUUGAGUCAUUCUGUCAGUAUUUCAUAGUUUGUACUUAUUUGUGUUCAGAAGUGAUAUAAUUUGCUUUAUUCUUAUAAUUAUUCUAAUGUAGUUGUCAGUAAUAAUUACUUUAGUAAGUGUUUCUGAGUGAUUCCAAACUUGAUGGAGGUUUUUUUAUGUAAAAUGUUAUUGUAGGUUAGUGAAUAUAGAUUUUAUUUGGUGAGUUUCCAGUUCCAUUUGGGAGUUUACCCAUAGGUCUGUCCAGAAGCAUCUCAUUGAAAGGUUUGGAAAAAUAGUUCUAAGCAGUGCACACAGAGCCCUGCAGUUAUUUGCACUAGUUUUUGCACCUUUACUUGCAGUGGUCAGGAAGUGAAGUGAAGAAAAAGAUUGAUCUGAAUUACAUGACAUGUUGUAACACCCAAACCUGCAUUAAUAGAUUACUACUUAAAUUCCAAUUUAAUCUCAGUAGAAUUAAAAUGGAAAUUUUCCAUAUGAUUUAAUUUAUUUAAGAAAUAUUUAUAAGUAUGUAAUGUUCUCUCCACGAUUCAGUCAUAAACAUUCGUUCAUCUUUUUUUCCUGAUUAACAAAAUGGAAUAUGAACUAAUCAAUAGCAUGGAAAAGUGCGCUAUCCCUUUGGUAUUGUGUGAUUUCCUUUAUUUCAUGUUGGUACUUGGUUAAUAUGGUUUAAUACUUCUUAAUAUUUUGACAGGUUUGCUGACUGCUUGUUUCUUUUGCAUAUCAUUAUUGUAGGAUAAAUGGUUCUUUAAGCUUACAACUUGCAUCUAUUGCUAAUUCUUUUUUGAAAAGAAAUAGUUUUGGUUAUGCAACAAGAUCAAGCUUGUUUCAUAUUUAGGUAUCUUGUUGUGUUGCUUUACUUUACCCAUGAUUGUUUUCUGGUUUACUUUGGAAAAUUUAUCACACCUAGUUGGUUACAGUGUUUGAGUGUGACUUUGUCUUAGAAACAGAUCUGGAAUGUGUUGUACCUCAAAUCCCCAUGUAUGUAGUCCUGCCAUGUGCCAUAGCAGACCCCAGAUUUUUCAGUUCAAUCUUUUUGUCUAAAGAUUUCAACUAUAGAUAUGAUAUGUUUGGGCAAUGAGUUGAAGGGGGCGGGGAGGUAGAUUCCACAAAAAAAGUAACAAUACCAUAUUAUAUUAAAGAAGCAUGAACACAGAGGUGCAGUUUCAAAGGCAGAUUCUUGAUUAUUAAACUUUUUUAACACCUACUAAAUGUCCAACAGGCAUAUGUUUCCUAAAAAGAGCAUUAGAAAAAAUGUGUAGGUUGAUGAUAUAACAUUGAUGGAGAAAAUAAUUUUGGGUUUAACCCCAGAACUUAACUGUGAAUGGUUAGUUCAUUUACCAGUUUCCUUACAGUAAAUAAGUCAAAUUGUAGGUUAUUAACUAAAGAGAGUGAUAGGUAAUAUAAGAUUAUUGAUUCAGAGAAUUAUGAAAAUCUGAUUAUGUGUGAGGGAUGUUAAGUGCCAUUGUACAAACAAAGAAAAAAAUAAAGGCUAUGUUUAAUAAUA